CUGACCUUUGUACUGACAGCACGGAGAGCACCGGAGUGUGGAGUGAGCGAAGGUCGAGCGCCGGUCUGUUUAACAGAGAGAGAGAGGAGCGAGCAGGUCUGUGCUGUAGUUUGCUAACUGAGGGCCGUCAUGAACUUCCUCCUGGAGACGCUGAAGGUGCUCCUGCUCUCGCUCUGGUUCAGUCUGGAGGCGCUGUGGCGCGCGCUCGUGCCCGCGCGCAGGAAGAGCGUUGCCGGGGAGACGGUGCUGCUGAGCGGCGCGGGCAGCGGGCUGGGCAGGCUGAUGGCGCUGGAGUUCGCGAGACUUGGCGCGAGACUAGUGCUGUGGGACAUAGACGAGGAGGGCAACAAAGAGACAGCGAGACUGAUCAAAGAAGAAUACGGGACCCGCGCGCACACCUACACCUGCGACUGCAGUAAGAGAGAAGAGGUGUACAAAGUGGCAGACCAGGUCAAACGGGAGGUUGGUGAUGUCACUAUUUUGGUGAACAAUGCCGGCAUCGUCACAGGCAAGAAGUUCCUGCAGUCUCCGGAUGCUCUCUUACAGAAGACAAUGGAGGUCAACAGCAUGGCCCACUUCUGGAUGUACAAGGCAUUUCUCCCAGCAAUGAUUGCUGGAAACCACGGUCAUCUGGUCAGCAUCGCUAGCUCUGCUGGACUUGUUGGAGUCAGUGGACUGGCAGAUUACUGUGCGAGUAAGUUUGCAGCAGUUGGCUUUGCAGAGUCUGUAGGUUUGGAGCUGUUGGCUGCAGGCUGUGAUGGAGUGAAGACCACCAUAGUUUGCCCCUUCUUUAUCAACACUGGAAUGUUUGAUGGAGCCAACACAAAGUGGCCCCGACUGAUGCCCAUUCUGGACCCGGAAUAUGUGUGUAGAAAGAUUGUGGAUGCUGUUCGAAGAGAUCAGGUCUUACUGUGUCUUCCUCGCAGCAUGUAUCUUGUCAUCGCUUUGAAAAAUAUUCUGCCUGUUAAAGUGGGAUUGCUCUUGGGCGCCUAUCUGGGAGCAUUUGACUUCAUGGCCAAGUUCAAAGGUCGCAACAAGAGCGACUGAGUUUGCCAACAGAAGACUGAUGAAAGCCAACUGAUAAUGUCCAUCCAUACAUCUGAUGCCAUAGAAGAGAUUCUGAAGAGCAUCUGCUGCUAUAAGCACUGUGAAGAGGAAGUGUAUAAGAGGAAUAAUAAAGCUAUGAAGAAUUACCAUUUUAACAACUUUGCAAGUCGUUAGCAAUCAAAGGCAUUCCGUUAUAACCGUUCUCAAAAGCACUUUUUACUGUACAGUUUGUGUUCUCUAGGCUAUGUCUAUCUAACGAUUUAAUGAUACUGCUCAUGUGUAACUGGAUAUUACUUUAGCAUGUGCAGCCAUAAUGUCAAUGUUAUAAGAGUAGCGCAAGUCUUUACAUAAAUAGGAUAAAACUGUCUGUAUUUUAAGAAAAUACUCACAUAUAAAAUCUUUCAUUUUGAAAAGCAAAGCAAGCACUGUUUACAACUGUGUUAUGUCUAUUUGCCUCUUUGUGAAAGAUAUAUACUACUUGCAUGAAUGUGCCUUGACUGAACCCUUUAAUUGCUCUUAUAAAAACUAUGCCUUUAAAUAUUAAAUUUGAUCUUCACUUUAAAAAUGUGUGCAAUGGAAGUGGGUGCUAAACAUAGCAAAAGAGUUCACAGAAUAAAACACCUCUUACUAUAAAACCCACUAAUGCAAGACUGGUGUGAACAAGACUGAAAUACAUGAGUUUGUUGUUGUGA